AUGAGAGCUUGGUUGUUCUUCUUUCUCAACGUUAUCUGUUGGGUCUUCCUCUUCUUACCUCAAACAUGCCUAUCAAGUGUUCGAUAUAUUGGCAAAGUGAGCCCUGGGUUCAAAGGAUCUCAAAUGCAAUUCAUAGACAACAGUGGCUUAUUCCUACUAUCAAACAGCUCUAAUUUCGGAUUUGGUUUCAAUCCAAACGCCGAUAUCACUUCCUUCACCAUCGGUAUCAUUCACAUUACAACUUCAAAAGUCAUUUGGUCGGCAAAUAGAAGGGUUCCCGUUGGUAAUUCCGAUAACUUUGUGUUUGGCGACGACGGCAAUGCUUACAUUCAAACCAACGGAAAAGUCAUCUGGUCAACAAACACCACCGGGAAAGGUGUCGCCGCCAUGAAAUUGCUUGAUUCCGGUAACUUGGUGCUGGUACGUAACGACGGCGUUUUCGUUUGGCAAAGUUUUAGCAACCCCACAAACACCCUUAUGCCAAAUCAAGAUUUCAGUUCAGGAUCGAAACUUGUAAGCAAUCCGAAAAACAAUUUGACAUUUUCUUUAGAAAUCAAAAACGGAGACAUGUUUUUAUCAACCGGGUUCCGAAACCCUCAAUCGUAUUGGGCUAUGAGUAAAGACAAAAGGAGAAUCAUCAACAAAGACGGUGGAAACCUCGAAUCCGCCAUUAUUAAUGGCAAUUCAUGGAGGUUUUUCGAUGAAAACAAAGUUUUGUUAUGGCAAUUCGUGUUUGCAGAUGGUGAUGAUUCCAACGCCACUUGGGCCGCUGUUCUAGAAGAUAACGGCUUCAUUAGCUUCUAUAAUCUCCCAGGAAAAAUAACAGCAAACCAUGGAAUCCCUGAUGACACGUGUAGUACACCACAAUCUUGUUCCACGUACCUCGUUUGCCACUCUGGCAACACGUGUCAAUGCCCAUCUGGCCUCAACGAAAUCAGCUGCAAACCAUCUAGUCUAUCGUGCGCGAAGAAAGAUGAAGCGACUCUCAUUAACGCAGGCGAUAAUCUAAGCUAUUCAGCACUUGGGUACACGUCACCUUCUUCAAAAACAAAUUUAGAUGGGUGUAAAUCAUCGUGUUUAGGUAACUGUUCUUGUUUGGCUAUGUUCUUCGAUAACAAAUCCGGAAAUUGUUAUCUUUUCGAUCAGAUUGGAAGUUUUGAAGACGCGAAAAACGGCGAAUCUUUCGAAUCUUACGUUAAAAUUUCGCGCGAUUUAAACGGGAAAAAGAAGAAACAAUCGAUUGUUGUUGUGAUCGCGAUUGUCAUUGCCACAAUUUUUGUCAUUCUAACACUUGUGUUCAUAUGGAUUUAUUGGAACAAAAAGCGAAAUAUUCCAAUCGAAAAAGAUAAUGAAUCAUCGGAAGAAGAUAAUUUCUUUGAAAGUAUAUCCGGGAUGCCUGUGCGCUUUAGUUACACAUACCUUCAACAAGCAACCGAUAACUUUAGUAUAAAACUCGGGCAGGGUGGGUUUGGGUCGGUUUACGAGGGCGUGAUAAAAGAUGGAACAAAGAUAGCGGUCAAGCAAUUAGAAGGAAUCGGGCAGGGAAAGAAGGAGUUUCGGGCAGAGGUCAGCAUCAUCGGUGGGAUCCACCACCACCAUUUGGUUCGGCUCAAAGGGUUUUGCGCGGAAGGUGCACACCGCCUCUUGGUAUACGAGUACAUGGGUAACGGUUCGCUAGACAGAUGGAUCUUCAAAAAGAAAAAAACCGAGUUUUUAUUAGAUUGGGAUACGCGAUACAACAUCGCAGUGGGGACCGCGAAAGGGCUCGCGUAUCUCCACGAAGACUGCGAUGUUAAAAUCGUGCACUGCGAUAUAAAACCGGAGAACGUUUUACUCGACGCGAAUUUCCGCGCGAAAGUAUCGGAUUUCGGGUUAGCGAAGCUAAUGACGCGCGAACAAAGUCAUGUAUUCACAACCCUGAGAGGGACCCGCGGAUACUUAGCACCCGAAUGGAUCACGAACUACGCGAUAUCUGAAAAAAGUGAUGUUUACAGUUUUGGAAUGGUGCUUCUUGAAAUCAUUGGGGGACGUAAAAACUACGAUUCCUCGGUGAUUUCAGAGAAAUCCCAUUUCCCAUCUUACGCGUUUAAAAUGAUGGAAGAGGGGAAAAUCCAAGAAAUUUUCGACCAAGAUAUGAAAAUUGAUGAAAAAGAUGAACGUGUUAAGGUCGCGAUACAAGUGGCUUUAUGGUGUAUACAAGAUGAUAUGAAUUUAAGACCUCCUAUGACCAAAGUGGUUCAAAUGCUUGAGGGUUUGUGUGUGGUGCCCACACCACCUAUGGCUUCUCAAACAUGUUCGCGGUUCUAUUCGGGUAUUUUUAAGUCUAUUAGUGAAGAAGGAACUUCAUCCGGGCCUUCGGAUUGUAAUAGUGAGGCUUAUUUAUCUGCUGUUAGACUCUCAGGUCCGAGAUAG